GCUUCCUUGGCUGUGUGUGGACUCUGGUCUCUCAGGCUGUGUGUGUAGAAGGUUCACUUUGUUACAAGUAUGGAUGACUUCUUGAUGAUCCCGGUGGUGGCGGGCGUUUGUGCAGUGGUGGUGUCAGUGCUUUACUUCCUCCUGGGAGGCUCUGCAGGAGAGAAGAAGAAGAAGAUGCCUUUAACUCUGCAAGAUUCCAUGGUCAAAUACCCCCUUCCCCUUAUACACAAACAGGAAAUCAGUCAUGACACAAAGAAAUUUCGGUUUGGCCUUCCAUCUGCAACUCAUAUCCUUGGACUGCCAGUAGGUCAGCAUGUGUACCUGUCAGCCAAGGUGAACGGCAGUCUGGUGGUCAGGGCCUACACUCCAGUCUCCAGUGAUGAGGACCAGGGAUAUGUCGACCUUGUGGUCAAGGUGUACUACAAGAACUCCCACCCUUCCUUCCCAGAUGGAGGGAAGAUGUCUCAGUACCUGGACAACAUGGCUAUUGGAGAUGCCAUUGAUUUCAGAGGACCCAAUGGACUGCUGGUGUACAAGGGAAAUGGUCAGUUUGCCAUCCGACCAGACAAGAAGUCGGAGCCGAAAGUUCGGAAGUUCAAGCACGUUGGGAUGAUCGCCGGUGGAACAGGUAUCACUCCUAUGCUGCAGUUAAUCCGCAGCAUCACAUCAGACCCCGCUGACAACAUCAAGUGCUCUCUCAUAUUUGCCAACCAGACUGAGAAAGACAUCCUACUGAGGGAGGAGCUGGAGGAGGUGAAGAAGAACCACCCUGACAAAGUUAAACUCUGGUUCACACUGGACAAACCUCCGCAGGAUUGGAGCUACAGUUCAGGGUUCGUGACGUAUGACAUGAUCAAGGACCACCUCCCUGCUCCGUCUCCUGAUGUCCUUGUUGUCCUGUGCGGUCCUCCACCGAUGAUCCAAUACGCCUGUCUGCCAAACCUGGACAAGCUGGGGCACAGAACAGAAAACAUUUUUGCCUAUUAGUUUAAAGAUACUAACUAACACUGGUAUAGUCUCUGUAAUCAUUCAGUCACUACCAACAGUAACCGUAUCAACACUGUUGAUGGUCUAAUACUAUCCAGAAUCACAAGCAGGUGUACUGUGUAUACCUUUAUGCUUUUCAUUUAAGCAUGUGUGAUUUUUGAUGUCAGUGACGGUAAAACAACUACAGUACAAACCUGUAUCAAAACAAUUGUCAUCAAUAUUACCCCGUAACAUUGCAAUGACAAUUUCUAUGGACUUUUAUAUACAGUAUAUCAUCAGACCUCCUAUCUGUGAUUACCAUUUGUACAACACAACAGUCACCUUAAAAGUUAAUCACUUUUUUAGGCCAAUAUGUAAUUUUUGAAAUAAAGAUGUCAAAACAA